UUUUUUUCCUGAAACAGAUGAUUAGUGGGGAAACUUCCUCUCCCUCCAGUGACGUUAAAGAAGCCUUCUGUGCUGUGGUUAGAGAAACGGGCAGCACUGCUGGACUUUCACUGCAGCUCCAGGGUGCUGGCAGCCAGCUGUUGGUGAAGGGGCCCGCCGUUCUUAAACCAGCCGGCAGCCCGGAGCAGUGUUUCUGAGGCAGAGUCUUAUUGCUGAGCCUAAUGGGGUUUCUCCUUCCAGAGCAUUCCUGGUAAGGUUGCUUCCCUACAGACAUGACCACACAGUACGGUAUUCUCUUCAAGCAAGAGCAAGCUCACGAUGAUGCCAUUUGGUCAGUUGCUUGGGGAAAAAAUAAAAAAGAUGGUUCUGAAACAGUGAUCUCUGGUUCUUUGGAUGAUCUAGUGAAGGUCUGGAAGUGGAACGAUGAAAAACUGGAUCUACAAUGGACUUUGGAGGGUCAUCAACUGGGUGUGGUAUCUGUGGAUAUCAGCCACACAGGCUCCAUUGCUGCAUCCAGCUCCCUAGAUGCCCAUAUUCGCCUUUGGGAUUUAGAAACUGGCAAACAAAUCAAGUCAAUAGAUGCUGGUCCUGUCGAUGCCUGGUCCCUGGCUUUUUCACCUGAUUCCCAGUACCUUGCAACAGGAAGUCAUGUGGGAAAAGUAAAUAUUUUUGGUGUUGAAACCGGAAAGAAAGAAUAUUCUUUGGACACCAGAGGGAAAUUCAUCCUUAGCAUUGCAUAUAGUCCAGAUGGAAAAUACUUAGCCAGUGGAGCGAUAGAUGGCAUUAUCAACAUUUUUGAUAUUGCAACUGGAAAACUUCUGCAUACGCUAGAAGGUCAUGCGAUGCCUAUUCGUUCACUGACAUUUUCUCCAGAUUCUCAGUUACUUGUAACUGCUUCAGAUGACGGCUAUAUCAAAAUCUACGAUGUGCAACAUGCAAAUUUGGCUGGCACAUUAAGUGGUCAUGGAUCCUGGGUAUUAAACGUAGCAUUUUGUCCUGAUGAUACCCAUUUUGUUUCCAGUUCAUCUGAUAAAAGCGUAAAAGUUUGGCAUGCUGGAACGAGAAACUGUGUUCACACUUUCUUUGACCACCAAGAUCAGGUUUGGGGAGUGAAGUACAAUGAAAGCGGGUCUAAAAUUGUAUCUGUGGGAGAUGACCAAGAAAUUCACAUUUAUGACUGUCCAGUUUAAAUGUUUUGACUCAAACCCUUUGGUUAACUCUUGUGGCAGUUUUCAGGAAUACUACUCUUCCUGUGUCAUUUUUUUAAUAUGAUAAAAGCAUUUUAGUAACGCCAAUCUGCAAAAUGAGUUAUGUUUGUAUGUGAUUUUGUUUAGCAUAAGAGAAAGCUUUACUUUUUUUAAAAAUAAAAGCUACAGAUGC